CCCUCUCACACCGACUUGACCAUUCCGCAACCAGACCCCCCGUCAGUCAGCCAGUUACAGCCGGUCAGCCAUCAAGCCGGGCGAAGUGAUAUAAUAACCCGAAAAUGCCCAGCAAAAAGGACGACACUGAGCAGCAUCGAGCCGAGAUCGAGCAAUGGACGCAAGAUGGCCAAAAUUGCGAACAAAUCGCUGCUGCGUUGAAGGCGAGAGGCGUUGACAUUUCCGCCAAGACGAUCAGUCGACAUCGUGUCGCUUGGGGCAUUCGCCAGCGAGCUGAGCCCAAAACCAAAGGACGAAAAUAUCCGGGCCGCAGAAGAGCUGCGCCGCCGCAGCAGCCAUCCAAGCAUGGGCUGCAGGAGGCGAGGAAGGCAGACAUCAUUGCCCGUACUCAGCGGGGCGAGACUGCAGAGCAGAUUUCUGAUGCGUUUGCAGCACAAGGAACUCCACUGUCCAAAAGCACAUUGAUUCGAUUACAAACAUUCUGGGGCUUGAUACCGUAUGAUCCUGCUCGUGCUCGAGGAAAACUGUCUGAUGCUCAAAAGACCAAACGCACCACACGUGAAGCUGCGCCCAAGAUCAGCAGAAAACCACGCAAGUCCACCACCGUAAUAUCGGCACCAGCAAAUCCUGCCGAAGUGCAGCAUUACCCGACAACUUGCGCUUUCGGCCCCGUCAAGGGGGGGACGACUACUACUACCACUACCUUUAUAGGUACUACUACAUCAGAAAACCCUUACGAAGAUGAACCAGCUCCCCCCUUCGACGAUGAGAGCCACAUGGCAUCCUCGCCGCUACCACCACCACAAACACCACCAACCGAGCACGCGGAGCAGCCCUCGGUCCACCACGCGGUCGAUAUCAUGUCGGCGGAAAUGCUGGUAGACCUGGCAACUUCUACGCUGGCAGCUGCGAAUCGAGUCAAAGAGCUCUAUGUCGCACAACAGUCGCAGCGUCCUGUGCUGGGCAUGACGACCAUUCCCACUGCGGAGGACAUUGCCUUGGCGAAACAAAAGGUUCGAGAGGCUGCUGCAGUCAUGCACGACCUGGCCACUCCAAACGACACAUAAAAGCGGGACUGAUGAAGAAAAGAAAGAAAAGAAAAGAAAAGAAAAGAAGACAUGAACCAGCUGCGCUGCGCCGUCUGGGGGCUCUCGUGGAGAAGGGCACAAUGCUGCUGCUGCUGUACUGUUGGGCAGAGACAUGACAUUACAUGCAAUUUCGAGAGUAGAAGCCCCAUGAACAAAGCCCCAUGAACAAACACCUCAAGAUUACAUGUACGUUUGAUAAGUCAGUAC